AAAAAACCCCCCAAAUUAAAAACAUUAAAAACCGAAAAAUUGCUGCGGUCGCCACAUCUCUUCUAUCAGUGCUCCGAUAAGACAGCAAUGUUCGUUUCCGACAAGCCUCGUCCUAUCGAUUUCUACAAAGACGAUAACACCACCACCGCACGCGACAACAUGAUCAUCGACGUCCCCACCAACACACCAGGAAGAGAUCUACAUCCCCACCACAACCAUCAUCACCACCAUCUCCAGCCGCAACAGAUUCUCCUCGGAGAAAGCAGCGGCGAGGACCACGAAGUGAAAGCCCCCAAGAAACGAGCGGAGACAUGGGUCCAAGACGAGACUCGCUCCCUGAUCAUGUUCCGCCGAGGCAUGGACGGACUCUUCAACACCUCUAAGUCCAACAAGCACCUCUGGGAGCAGAUCUCCGCCAAGAUGCGGGAGAAAGGCUUCGAUCGGUCUCCGACCAUGUGCACCGACAAGUGGAGGAAUCUGUUGAAGGAGUUCAAGAAGGCCAAGCAUCAUGACAGAGGGAAUAGAUCGGCGAAGAUGUCGUAUUACAAGGAGAUUGAAGAGAUUCUUAGGGAGAGGAGCAAGAAAGUGACGGCGACGGGGCAGUACAGCAAGAGCUCUAAUGCAACGCCCACUGCUAAAGUUGAUUCCUUUAUGCAAUUUACUGAUAAAGGUUUUGAUGAUCCGAGCAUCUCUUUUGGAUCUGUUGAAGCUAAUGGAAGGCCAGCGUUAAACCUUGAAAGGCGUCUUGAUCAUGAUGGUCAUCCUCUUGCGAUCGCUACAGUUGAUGCUGUUGCAGCAAAUGGAGUUCCUCCUUGGAAUUGGAGAGAGACUCCUGGAAACGGUGGGGAUUCUCAUGGUCAGCCUUUUGGUGGGAGGGUCAUAACUGUUAAAUUUGGCGACUAUACAAGAAGAAUCGGCGUUGAUGGUAGCACUGAAGCAAUCAAAGACACUAUCAGAUCCGCUUUUGGGUUAAGAACACGACGGGCUUUUUGGUUAGAGGAUGAAGACCAGGUUGUUCGUUGUCUUGAUCGAGACAUGCCCUUAGGGAACUAUCUACUUCAUGUGGAUGAUGGUAAGAUUCACCACAUUCCCAUCUGUUUCUACACCCAAAUACGGUUACUGAGUUGUCAAUAUCCAAAACUUAAUUGUACAGGACUAGCUAUUAGAGUUUGCCAUUAUGAUGAAUCCAACCAGUUACCAGUCCAUACAGAAGAGAAAGUCUUCUACACGGAAGAAGACUACCGUGAUUUUCUAGCUAGACGGGGAUGGACAUGUCUGCAGUUUGAUGGUUUUAGGAACAUAGAAAACAUGGAUGAUCUUCAACCAGGUGCUGUGUACAGAGGAGUGAGAUGAGAGAAUGAGAACUUCUCGUCCAAAACCAUCAACAAUUUAUCUAAUCACAAAAACUGUCUACUGUAAAUAAAUGUUUUAUCAUUUCCUUUGUACAUUUCCGCCUUUUUGUUUCCUACCUAAUGAGAAGAAAAAAGAAUGUACUUGCUCAAAUGUAACAUAAUCAACUUGGAUUCAACUUGCAUGUUAAUAAGACCUCAAAUUGUAUUU